CGGGGCCGGGGUGUGGCCAGGGAGGGGCCAGGACGGGUCUGUGCCGUCCCGCGCAUGCGCGAAGCGGCGCGCGCUGGCCCGGAAGUGGAGGCGCGGCCGUGACACGUCGCAGGGGCCGCGGCGGCGGGAGCGGGGCCGGGCCGGGGCCGGAGAGGGGGCGAUGUCCGGGUUCGACGGCUUCAACACCGAGUUCUUCCAGACCAGUUACAGCAUCGAGGACCAGGCGCAGCCCUACGACUACAGCGGGCAGCCGUACAGCAAGCCCUAUGGAGGCUACGAGUACCCCCAGCAGGGAGCCUUUGUGCCCCCUGACAUGAUGCAGCAGCAGCCCUACACGGGGCAGAUCUUCCAGCCCACGCAGGGCUACACUCCAGCCUCGGCACAGUCCUUCUACGGGAGCAGCUUCGAGGAUGAGCCUCCGCUAUUACAAGAAUUGGGGAUCAAUUUCGACCACAUCUGGCAGAAAACACUAACGGUGCUGCACCCCCUGAAGGUGGCCGAUGGCAACAUCAUGAACGAGACGGACCUGGCCGGGCCCAUGGUCUUCUGCCUGGCCUUUGGGGCCACCCUGCUGCUGGCUGGCAAGAUCCAGUUCGGGUACGUGUACGGCAUCAGCGCCAUCGGCUGCCUGGGCAUGUUCUGCCUGCUGAACCUGAUGAGCAUGACCGGCGUGUCCUUCGGCUGCGUGGCCAGCGUGCUGGGCUACUGCCUGCUGCCCAUGAUCCUGCUCUCCUCCCUGGCCGUCGUCUGCUCGCUGCAGGGGAUGCUGGGGAUUAUUCUCACGGCUGGAAUUAUCGGCUGGUGCAGCUUUUCCGCUUCCAAGAUCUUUAUCUCUGCCUUAGCCAUGGAGGGCCAGCAGCUGCUGGUGGCCUACCCCUGCGCGCUGCUCUACGGAGUCUUCGCCCUCAUCUCCGUCUUCUGAGCAGACUCUGGGGCCCCGGGGGGCCAAAAGGAAAAGCCCAGCUUGGAACAUGGACUUGGACCAGAAACAGCUGCAAACAACUGUCUCGUGUUGCUAUCAUGAAACCUAGACCUGUGUGAAUCACCUGGAACAAUGGAAAAUGUCUCGUGUUCACUUUUUUAGGACUUUGGAUACUGUUUUCAAUGACCUGGGGAGUCCAGAGCUUUAAUACGUGUUCAUGCUUAUCAAGUUCCUGUGAUUUCUUUCCCAUUCCUAGAUCUUUAGAGAAAGCAACUUUCAGUUGUUUAUUUGAGAGUUGUGAUUUUUGUUCGUUUUGUUUUGUUUUGUAGGGGAGGGCGAAGGGUUGCAGUUAUAAAUUGGUAGAUUUUUAUCCAAAACAGUUAAAGGAGCUGCUGUGGAUUUGGGGGACUUUGGAUAAAUCUGCAGGAAAGAAGAACCUGCUUCCUGACCCCUCUCACCAAAAAUGCACAAAUGAACAAAAGUAAUUAGAGUAUUUCCUGUAUUUUAACCAAUAUCCUCCUAAGCUCUCCAGUCUCAGUUAUUUGUUCAUUUGCUGUGAGAGUAUUUCAGGAUUUAAGAUACUUAAACUAUGAAGUAGAAAACAGAUGCUUAAAAGUGAAAGGGAUCUGUAAUUCUGUCACACUUGAAACAUGACCACACUGGGUGUCUGUAGCUUUAUGUUUUUGGGGUUCUGAAGGACGUGGCAGAGGUUCCUUCCCUCAUGGUGCACAUUCUGCUGGAUGAAGAGGAAUCUCUCUCGCAGUACUUCCAAGGAAAACACCAUUUGGAAAACGUUAUGCUUGUCAGUAUUGUAGUUAUUGUAAAAUAAUUUAAGGCAUAUUGAUUAAAUUUUCCUUAAAUUUUGAAAAAGGUGUUAGAUUUUCCUAAUCUUUAUUUUUGAUGUUCAUUUACUAAAAUAGAAACUUUCAUGUUGAAACAAAA